GGUGACGACAUAAACCGGCGCGGUGUUUAGACUCUACUGAUGUCGUGGCGCUCAGAGGCAAAAAGUUGGUGCUUGAGGGGCCCUCGAAGUGAAGCCGAGGUCGGGUGGCCCUGACCCUUUCCUACCCACUCCUUCUCGCCCGCCUUUCCCUCUCCAGGCAGGAUGAGGCGUGCAGGCCUGGGUGACGGAGCAGCUCCUGGCAGCUAUGGGAACUAUGGCUAUGCCAGUAGUGGAUAUAAUGCCUGUGAAGAAGAGAACGACAGACUCACUGAAAGUCUGAGGAGCAAAGUGGAUGCUAUCAAAUCUCUUUCCAUUGAAAUAGGCCAUGAAGUUAGAAACCAAAACAAACUAUUAUCUGAAAUGGAUUCACAAUUUGAUUCUACAACUGGAUUUCUAGGUAAAACCAUGGGAAGACUGAAAAUUUUGUCCAGAGGAAGCCAAACAAAAUUACUAUGCUAUAUGAUGUUGUUUUCAUUGUUUGUCUUUUUUGUCAUUUAUUGGAUUAUUAAACUGAGGUGAUACAAGUUAGUGUGGACUUGGAAUCUGUUGCAGUUAAUAUCUUGGGGUACCACUUUGAUAGCCAGCAUCCCAACGUUUCUAGUGGCUUUCUUCAUUGAAGAUUACUGGAGCUUUCUUCUUUCAGAAACCAUACUUUACCACCCAGUGCUUUUUGACUGCUCUUCCAUCUUGACUCAUUUUGACUCCUAUUUUCAGGGGUAUGGAGUUAGCCUGAAAUCUGUAUGGCUGUACCGAUGUUUUUCCAUUCAUAUUAAAUACCGAUAUCAUAUAUACCCUGUUGCUACACUAAGUGUAACUUUCUAAAGCAAGUGGAAGAGCAAUAGAAUGCUGUAGAAGCUGACAUCCACUUUUGUGGUGGCUGUUGGCUGGUGGUAGAAUGUUCCCUUUCUUUGCUUGCUGUCAUCACUGGGAUGAUGGGCUUGCCUUGCUUGUUACCAUAUAUGUACCAACUUCCUUUUCCUGAUAAUUGUCUUAACACGUUUGUAUAAGAACUUCUUUGCAUAAAACUAUUGACAUAUUUCUGUGGGAGCGUACUACACAUGUGCAUCAGUGUAGGUAUGGUUCUGUAUUAAUGAUAAAUUCCGCUGAUGUGCUUUAGAACUGUUUUCUGAUGUCUAGCUGCACGGGUGGGCCAUUUGGUGAUUAUUUGUGUCAGAAUAAUGUGAAGUUCAGUGUUGCUAUGCUCUGUGGAGAAAUGAAGUGUUCAAGAAAAUCAAUUGCCUUUGUUUUAGCACAUGUUCUACCAUUCCCUGGGGACUGAAAAUCUGCUGGUACUGAAACCAGAGCACAGAGGAUUGUUGUUCUGCACCAUGUUAUUUGCUUACAGAGAUCAAAAUGCAAGGUGGAUUUAAGUAAAAAAAAAAUAACAUUAAAAUACUGCGAAACAUUCUGUAUUGUUCCUACUUUAGAAAUUUGCAUAUUUCUAGGUUCAAAAAUAAACUUUUAUGAAAAUUUA